AACACAGUUUACAGUUAGUAACAAAAACAAUAUAGAUGUUAAAAAAUUUAUCAACAAUGGUGAAAAAAUUCACAUUUCGUGGCCUGAUGGCACCAGUCUUUACAGCCUUUAAUAAUGAUUCCGCACAAAGCAUUAAUUUAAAUGUUAUUCCCGCAUAUUCAAAGUAUCUUGCAGAUGCGAAUAUUAUGGGUAUAUUAGUGCAAGGUACCACUGGCGAGGGAAUGUCUUUAACGGUUGACGAACGUGAAAAGUUAACUGAAAGUUGGGCAAAAGCUUGUAAAACUAAUAAGCAAUGUUUGAUGGUACAAGUUGGAGGAACAGUUUUACCUGAUGUAAUACGAUUGGCAAAGCAUGCUGAAAGCUUAAAUGUCGAUGCAUUGUUAUGUUUACCAGAAUUAUUCAGUAAACCUAAGACUGUUACUGAAUUAAUUGAAUAUCUGAAAUUGAUAAGUGAAGCUGCACCAAAUACUCCAUUAUUUUAUUAUCAUCUGCCAUUAUGGACCAACGUUACAAUAAAUAUGGCUGAUUUUUUGAAUGCAGCUUACAAAAAAAUACCAACAUUAUGCGGAAUAAAAUUUACAUCAACUAAUUUAGAUGAAGGAACCGCAUGUUUAAAAGCUGGAGACGGUUCUUAUGUGAUAUUUUUAGGAGCGGAUCAGAUAAUGCUAGGAGCUUUUGCACUGGGCUUCGAUUCAGCGAUUGCAACUACAUUUAAUAUGAUCCCACAAAAAGGACAAAAAAUUUGGGAACAAUUCACAAAGAAAAAUUUGGAAGAUGCCAAAUGUGCACAACAAACUUUAACAAAGAGUGUUGAUGCAAUUGUUAAAAAUGGUUCAUGGGUCUCGACUAUGAAAACGGCUAUGAAUAUUUUAACUCCAAUACAAGUUGGUGAUGUUCGUCCUCCACUUAAACGAUUGAGUCAAAGUGAAAAACAGGAAAUGAUGAAUGAUUUAAAACAGCUCUUACAUUAAUUAUAAAAAUUACAAAAGACUAAAUAAAAUGGUAGAUGGUAA